CUACGAUUUAGCGCCAUGAUUUUGGUAUCGUCCAAAAUCGUAGCGUUGUGCGUCUCCUUAUUCAUCUCUGCCUAAAAUCGUAGUGUUGUGCUUCUCCCUACUCAUCCCAGAUUCCAGCGGCAUUCACCAAUGAGUUUUCAUAUGAAAACUUAAGACCAGUUACUGGCACAUGUACCCCAUUGGGGAUACAGCCAUAAGGAAAGGAAGGAAGGAGGAUCUCCCUACUCAUCUGUGAUGCCUGCUUGGAUGUUCUCUCUCUACGUACCAGGACAAUAUUCUCGGAGCUUCCCCUUCUAUAACGUAUUUCCCGCGUAUUUCGUUACGAGCCGACUAUGGCUGUUCUGUAGCUUUAUAUUAAAGUUUUUCAUAAAAUUGUUAAUAGUAAAUCUGAUAACUAUUUAUUUUUAUUACCUUACUGGAAUAUUUUUGCCUUGAAAGAUUUCGCGUUCUAUUCAAAUUCGUAUGGUUAUAGUUAUCGAGUGUUGUGGAUUCGAUAAGCCCUUUGUUGCGUUCGACUCACUACACGAGGAUUAAGUUUAUUUGACAUGCUGAAGCUUAACUAAAAUGAAAGUUAUGGAUGUUGAUAUGAAUGAUCAAGAUUGCACCAUAGAGUUGGUUACACCGUCAAAAAAAAAGUUGAAGCAAGGACGGUUGCCUUUUAAAACACUCAGUUCUGUGGAAUCAACUAAUACUGUAUCUAAUAAAAAACGAAAAUUAAAUUCUCCAUCUACAACAAGAAGUCCUAAAGUGGUUAAAAUUACCACAAAAGAAAAUUCCAAAAAAGAUGUCACAAAUGAUAUAAGGGAAAUUGAGUAUGAUGACAUUCAUAUUAUAGAGUCAAAAAGUGAAGAAAAAGAAGAUGAAGCAGUCAGUGAUAAGGACACAAAAGCAAGUUUCUCUAAAUUGGCAGAGAAGAAACAGAUAAAGCAGAGACCGCUUACCAAAUUUUUACAGAAGACUUAUAAGAAGCAAGAUAGUAAUACUGAAGAAUUAGCGAAUACUGAGAAUAAAAGUGAAAAUAAUGAGAAUACUGAAAAACCUAUGGAAAUGGAGGAUUUAGUUUCCAAGAGCAAUGAAGAGCAGUCUAAUGAAAAUGACAAAGCGAGAGUAAAUGAGUUUGAAAAAUUAGAUUUAAAAGAUAAAUCAAGUGACACACAAAAAGAAAAUGGGAUUGAUGAUAAUACCAGCAAAAAUUCUGAUACCGAUUCUGAUACACCAUCGUUAUCCUCUGAAGAUGAAGAAGAAGACGAAGAAGAAGUGAACGAAAAAUCUGAUGAUGAAUCUGAUGAAAAAGAUAAGUUAAAUGAUUCAUUAACAUCAAAGGACGCAAUGAAAUGUGCUGUUGUCAAAGUUAAGAAACUAACUCCAAGACAGAUAGAGAAACACUUGGCUAGCGUUAAACGUCGUGAAAGGAUGCAGCAUUUAAAAAUGGAAAAGGAAAAAAAGCGUUUAGAAGAACGGGAAAGCCGUAAAAGGGAGAAGCAAUUGAAGCGCAAAGAGCGAGAAGAAAAAGAGCGCGCAGAAAAGGAACAAAAGAGGAAAGAGAAGGAACAGAAGGAACUAAAGAGACAAAUAGAAAUAGAGCAAAAGCAGAAGGAGAAAGAAGCGAAGGAAGAGGAUCGUCGUAAACGGGAGGAAGCAAAAGAAGAAGAGAGAAAAAGAAAGGAAGAAGAAAGACUCGAAGCGGAGCGCAAAAAACAGAAAGCUGCUUCAAAUUUCGCCAGUUUUUUCGUAGCCAAAAAGCAAGAAAACAAAUCGGCGGAAGAGGAACAUAUAAAGAUUCAGAAUUUCAUGCCCUUUGAAAUAAAAGCUGACAUGAGAAUAGCUCCGCUUUGCAGAAGAAAUUUAAGUGAAUCAGAAAAAAGUGAGCUUGAUAAAGUGUGUGCAGGUGAAUCCGUAAGAUGUCAACUUUAUUUGGAAGAAAUAAAAAGUGGUUCCAGAGCAAUACGAACGUUCGGUAGAACGUGGCCCGCGGAAUCGAAAGACGACGUGAUCCUAAUCGAUGACGAUGAAGAGGACAACUCGAACGUAAUCGAUCAGAAAAAUUCUUCGGUUAGUUUGGGCAGAGCAAAGCUUUUGAUGUUCAGGGAGAAUCGGCGACCAGCAUAUCGGGGGACAUGGCGUAAGAAGAGCGAAAGUAUCACAGCACGACGACCAUUUGCCAAAGACACGAAAUGGUUCGAUUACGAUAUUGAUUCUGAUGAUGAAUGGGAGGAAGAGGAACCGGGAGAAUCACUCAAAGGGUCUGAUGAUGAGAAGGAUGAGGAGAACACGGAUGAUAACGAGUACGACGUGGAUAACGAAUUUAUGGUACCUCAUGGAUACCUCUCUGAUGAGGAGGCACAGCCCGACGAGGAAGAGACAGAAGAUAUGUCCCCAGAGACGCAGAAAGUGAAAUUGAAGAUUUUAGGUGAACAGUUCGAGGAAGAGAGAAAAACGAAAACUGCGAGGAUCAAGCCAAAAGUCAUUGGGUGCAUUUGGCAGGGUCCUCUUCACGAAUUCCCAGAGAGCACUAUAGAAUAUCUCAAGCAGUUCUUAUCUGAUCGGCAAGCCUGGAUUCGAGAGAUACCGAUAACUCUAUGCGCCCCUAAAGAGACUGAAAAUCAGAACGUGCAGGAUAUCGGGACGCCUUCACGAUCAGAGAAGGGUUCAUCGAAAAAGACUAGAGUACCGAAUGAGGCGAUACCUGAUCUCAUUCGAUUAGUCCAUGGAAAUACGCAUGCUCGUCGUUUCCUGGUUAAAGAAUUUAUAGCCUUUUGGAGUAAACAAGGCGAAGCCAACGAUUCCCAAUUGUCCAAAAUUAGCGUUCUGAGGAAAAUCAAUGAGAUCGGUAAAUGGAUUGCUUGUCCGGAGGAGGGUCCUAUGUAUUUGAAGAAUUGCUGGUACGUUUCUGAAGAAAUUCGAAGUAGAUACGGGAGCGAAGCUGCUAUACCGAAUCGCUGGACCUAUAUAUUUCCACCUAAGAGGAAGAGUGAGGUGGCUGUGGAUGUCGUGGAAAGAAUUGAAAAGGACGACAAAGAGAAGGAUAAGGAUAAAGAAAAAGAAAAAGAUAAGGAGAAAAAAAGAAUUCCGUUGAUAACAGCUUUUACGAAGAAGAUGACUCAAGAAGAGAUGCAAAAGCAAUUAAGUACCAAGAAGCUGACACCAGCACACAGCAAACCUCCGAAAAGAGUUCCUUUAAUAUCUGUUGGGAGAGGGGAACAAUUUCCAAAAUCGUCUAGAAUCAAUUUAUUCCCGAAGACUUCAAAAAAUCUGGAUAACUGCGAAAACAGCGAUGACGAAAUUAUGAUCAUCGAAAGUGUAGCGGACGUAAAUUGUAUCUCUGAAGGAAAUAAUGAGAAUCCUGAAUCCGAAGAAAAGGACUCCUAUAAAGACAAGCCUGAAAACGUCACGACAACAGAAUCGCCGACGUAGAACGUCGUACACGAAACGACAAGGGACAAUAUACGACUAUAAAAAAACCUGUAAAAUGGAAACAAAGAAACAGACCACCUUAAAAGAGGAGCUAACAAGAAAUGUCAUGUUCUUGAAAUUUUGGAUUACUUUUGUGCGCUCUUCAUUAUUGAUCUAUCUUUUUUAGAAACGAUAUAUAUUUACGGCAAAAUAUUUUUGCAAGAUUCUGUGCAGUCUUAUUUCAAAUGGAUUUUUAUUGUUAAAUUUAAAUAUUUGUCAUACAACUGUAUUAAUAACUUAUAAAUCUUUUUACGCAAAGUCUA